AUGAUAAUACGCAAACCAACUACUAUCACUUUGAAACCAGAAGAUGAUUAUUAAGAAUAUGAAGACUUUAAAAAAAGAUAAGAAGAGUAAAAGAAAAACUAAUUGUAAUAAAAGAAAGAUAUGUACACUUGGUCUCAGCAAUAACAAGCACAAAUUAUACAUUAAGUUAGAGAAUUUUGAAUUUUUAAAAUAGGCACCAAAAAAUACUAGAAGAUCUAUUUAAGUUACCUAAGAACCUACUAUUGAAUUUGAACCUGAUUCAUACUUUGAUAUCAACAAUCAAAUACCUGUAAACUAAUUAUUUAGAAUGAUAAAUCCAACUCCUGAUACCAUGUAAUAAGAACCCUAAUGAUAAUAUACAUCUAUUAAUUAUAUUUUCUUAGGC